GAUAGGCACCCUAGGCGCCCUAGUUAGUGCGCAAGGGCGCGUAUUGGAGCGCGCCCUCGGAUUUAGCUUUUCUCCUAAGCAGGGAACACUUGGAAAAUUUUGGAGAGGUUUAUCAAGACUCGGCUUGGCACACAGCCUCGUGGUCAGGACCCCCAUGGACCCUCACAGAGCAGGAAGUGUUGCUAUGGAGCAGUCAUCUCCCGCGGAGCAGCAGUCGAACGCUCAGGAUCAGAGUCCGGCGAGGCCAGAAGACGCCGGCGGUCCGUGGGCGGUGACCGAGUCGCUGCGCCUGCGCCGCUUCCUCUGCUACGGCUCCGAGAGCGCCACCUACAGCACGAGGGAGCGCGCGCUGGGCCCGGAGAACGCGCUGGCCCUGAUGGAGCUGGUGCAGGCCGGCCGGGGCCAGGAGGUGGUGGAGGAGGUGAAGCGUCUGAGCCUGGAGGGUAAGACGGUGCGGCCGAACCCCGCGCUGUUCGCGCUGGCCGUGUGCACGCAGUACUCGGACGCCCCGGCCAAGCAGGCGGCCUUCCGCGCCCUGCAGGAGCUGUGCAAAGCCCCCGGUCAGCUCUUCACCUUCAUCCAGUACAAAAAGGAGCUGAAGGACGGCCUGCGCUGCGGCAUGUGGGGGCGUGGCCUGCGCAGGGCCGUCUCUGAUUGGUACAACGGCCAGGACGCCCUCAGCCUCGCGCAUACGGUCACCAGGUGCAAACACAGGGCCGGCUGGUCCCACCAGGACCUCUUCAGACUGUCCCACAUGAAGCCGGCCAACGACUCUAUUGAGCUGAUUAGCAAAUACGUGACGAAGGGCUGGAAGGUGGUCCAGGAGACGUACGCGGAGAAGGAGAGCUCUGAGGAGCUUCUGAAGGUCUUCGCGUACCUGGAGGCCGUGGAGAAGGCCAAGCACUCGACUGAUGAGCAGGAAGUGGUUCACCUGAUAGAGGAGCACAGGCUGGAGAGGGAGCAGAUACUGACCAACCAUCUGAAGUCCAAAGAGGUGUGGAAAGCUUUGCUGAAGGAGAUGCCAGUGGCUGCUCUGAUGAGGCACUUGGGUAAAAUGACUGCAGACAAGGUUCUGGUGCCGGGCAGUCCGGAGGUUGCAGCCGUUUGUGAGAGGAUUCAGGACGACCAAGCUCUGACCAAGGCUAAAACGCACCCCUUCAGCAUCCUGGUCGCCUCUGAGAACUACAAGCGAGGUCACGGGAAGCGAGGCAAGCGAAAAUGGGAGCCCAGCAGAGACAUCGUUCACGCGCUGGACAGUGCCUUCUGCAAAAGCCUCUCAAACGUGGAGCCCACGGGGAAGCGGUUUGUGGUGGGAGUGGAUGUGAGCGCGUCCCUCAGCAGUCUGGCUCUCGGAAGCUCCGUCAGCACCAUCGCCGUAGCUGCAGCGAUGAGCAUGGUGAUUGCGCGCAGUGAGCCGGAAGCUGAAGUGUUGAUCUUCUCCGAAGGAGCCAUGGUUCCCUGCGUCAUCUCAGACGACACGUCUCUGAUCCAAGUGACAGCGCAGCUAGUGCAGGUACUCAGUGCUGGUACGGACUGCGCUCUGCCCAUAGAGUGGGCCUCAGAGAACGACAAGACCGUGGAUGUCUUCAUCAUAUUCACCAGUAACGAGACGCAGUUUGGAAGCACGAAUCCUGCGGAAGUGCUGAGGACCUACAGAGAAAAAACUGGCGUGUUUUCCAAGCUGAUCGUGUGCGGAAUGGCGACCAACGGCCUCUCCGUCGCUGAUCCGGACGACCGAGGCAUGCUGGACAUCUGCGGGUUCGAUUCUCGGGCCGUUGACAUCAUCCGUAACUUUGUGCUGGACGUCAUUUGAGAGCUGUGCACUGUGGGAAAUGUAGUUUUUCGUGGACUCAACCUGCCCUGGUGACCGCACGUUCCUGACGGGCAAAAAACAACGAUAACAAAAACACAACAAAACAGAAACGCUGAAACGAGUUCAUCUUUCAGUCGUCCGAUUGGGCCAAGUAAGAACCAGCACAUUUUCUAAAGUCCAGCGGGCUGGAUUGGUAUUUCAGUCGAUAUUAUCUAGAACAGGUUAUUUUAUUCGCCCAAAUUCAGUAAUGAGGUGUUAUAAGCUGUAACACGGAGUUUGACUUUUAUAUUUUUGUUAUUGGGGAAAAAGAGUAAUUAUUGGAUUAUGUGUCAAUUUAAGAAAAGCUAAAUGCUCAAUACAGUGCAGUCCUGAGGAAGACGCCUCAGUACAUCCACUGACCAGAUGAUUAAUGAUAUGCUAUUUGCUGAUAGAGGCCUUUCUUUAUUAUGUCUGAUGUGUAUUUGUUCCCUAAUCGUUAUGCUGUCAGUUACAUUUAUUACAUUUACGUCUUUUAUUUCGCUUUUUAUCCUCGCAGUGUGGAAGAUACAUACAUACAUACAUACUCACUCCAAUCAGGCGUCACAUUCUGACCACCUCCUCGUUUCUAUGCUCACUGUCCACUGUAUCAGCUCCACUGACCGUUUAGUUCCC